UCUGAAAUAAGUUAAACAAAAACUUCUUAGAUUUUCAUAUGCAAUUGUCACAAAUAUUAUAAGUUAAAUCAAAAUUAAUUUUAAAGUCAAUUGAAAGAAGAUUAUUUAAAAUUAUUAAAAAUGGAUGAUGAUGAUAUAUCAACUAUAUAUGAUUCAACUGGAGCACUUGUCGAAGGGUGCAGGUUACCAGUGAGAAUGCAUGGAACGGAAGACUGGCCAUUAGCUGAAAUCGUUAGCGUCAAAGAGCAAGAAUGUAGAAGAAUUUUUUAUGUGCACUAUGUUGAUUUUAAUAAACGCUUAGAUGAAUGGGUAUCUGAAGAGUAUUUGGAUACCAGAAAAGUACAAUUUCCCAGAAGAGAUGCAACAGCUACUACAGCAAGUACAGGCGUCACAACGCCAAAAAGAAUUCUUUCAAUUCCCGGAAGUGUGUCAAGACCUGCCAGUCCUACAAAUUCUGAAAUCGUUAACGGGAAUACGGUUUUGGCAGCUGCCUUACAAAAGAAAAUUAACAGAAAGCGUAGAACUCAAAUAGUUAUAGAGAAUGAAGAAUCUUCCCAAGAUGUUCCUGAUAAAACCCCAAGACAAUCUGGUAGUAUGGUUGCACAUCAUGAUGAUGUAGUGACCAGAAUGAAAAAUGUUAAAAUGAUAGAACUAGGAAAACAUAGAAUAAAACCAUGGUAUUUUGCGCCAUAUCCUCAAGAGCUGUGCCAAAUGUCAUGUAUAUAUAUUUGUGAAUUUUGCCUGAAAUAUCGUAAGAGUAAAAAAUGUUUAGAGAGACAUCUUAACAAAUGCAAUUUAAAGCACCCACCUGGAAAUGAAAUUUACAGAAAACAAACAAUUUCGUUUUUUGAGAUUGAUGGAAGGAAAAAUAAAGUUUAUGCACAAAACUUAUGUCUUCUUGCGAAGCUAUUUUUGGAUCAUAAAACAUUGUAUUAUGACACAGAUCCGUUUUUAUUCUAUGUUAUGACAGAAUUUGAUUCAAGAGGCUUUCACAUAGUGGGGUACUUUUCCAAAGAAAAAGAAAGCACUGAAGAUUACAACGUUGCUUGUAUACUGACGAUGCCGCCAUAUCAAAGGAAGGGAUAUGGAAAACUUUUAAUAGAAUUUAGUUAUGAAUUAUCGAAAUUUGAAGGAAAAACAGGUUCGCCUGAAAAGCCAUUAUCAGAUCUGGGAUUACUUUCUUACCGAUCUUAUUGGGCUCAAACUAUAUUAGAUAUCUUCAUUACCCAAAAUCCUGGUCCAGAUGGUGAAAAGCCACAAAUUACAAUUAAUGAAAUUUGUGAAUUAACAAGCAUAAAAAAGGAAGAUGUUAUCUCCACCUUACAAAACUUAAAUCUAAUUAAUUAUUAUAAAGGACAGUAUAUUGUGUGCAUCAAUCGAGAAAUAAUUGAUCAACACAAAAAAGCAAUGGACAAAAGGAAAAUUCGCAUUGAUUCUAAAUGCUUGCACUGGUCACCCAAGGACUGGACGAAGAGAUCGAAGUGGUAAAAUAAAAUAAGUUUACUCCAUGCAUUCUUUGUUAAGAGCAAAAUUUUAUUUUUAAAGUCAAAAGCAGAAAAUAUAGAAAAUGAAACAUUAAACUAUUUAUAUUUCUUAGCAACUUUAAUAUAUAAUUUAUGCACAUUUGCA